CUCAUGAAAGUUCCUUUGAUUUAAGGUGUAAAGAUAAUUUAUUAAUUGCGUCAAUACAAUAUUUUAACAAGAAAUAAAUCAUUACAAUGGCAAUGCAAAUUCCUACUAACGUGGACCCUGAACAAAUUAAAUCUGUUCGAGAUUUUGUGGCGUCCUAUAAUAAACUGAUACACACUUGCUUUACUGACUGUAUAAACGAAUUUACAUCACGAGAUGUGCAAGCAAAGGAAGAAACGUGUGCCCUAAAUUGUAUGGAAAAAUACUUAAAGAUGAAUCAAAGAAUAUCCCAACGAUUUGAAGAAUUCCAAAUGCUUGCUAAUGAAAAUGCUCUUGCAGCUCAGAAAAAAAUAAGUGAAGCUAAAAAGUAA